UGUUGGGUGCUUAGAGACAUAGCCUUAGGUUCAAUACGUCCACGGUCCGGCAAGGUCGAUUUGGUCCCGCGCGCGGUGCAAGCUAAAGCUGUUCGCUUGGGGGUUCGAAACUAGACCUUGACCAGUUUUAUUACUAGGUGCAAAUUAAAAACAAACACAUACAAUUUUAACAACCCCACUGAGAGAAAAAGACCAAAAACCAACCAAACGAAUUUACACAAUCCUUAGCUAGAGAGUAUACAAAUUUUUUUUUAUUUUUUUCAAAAAAAUGGUUUCUACUAAGCUAAGCUUGGUCUUUUUCAUUUCUUUUGCCUUGGUAAUUCCAAGCCUGCUAGCCGAUUUUGGGGUUUUCGACGAGGUUUUAAAGCAAAGAGCUGAUGAAGCCAAGCAGGCUGCCCUUGAAGCUUAUACUCCUAACCCUGAAGAAAUCACCGACAUCUUCAACGCCCAAGUUACCAAGGUUAUAGAAGGAACCAACAGCACAAGGAGGAACCUAAAGAAAUACAAAGGGCCAUGCAUGGCAACAAAUCCCAUAGACAGGUGCUGGAGGUGUAGAAAGAACUGGGCAAAUGACAGGAAGAGGUUGGCCAAAUGUGCACAGGGAUUUGGUCGGAAGACUACCGGAGGAUUGGCCGGGAGAAUCUACGUCGUCAAGGAUGCUUCCGACGACAACUUGCAGAACCCGAAACCGGGAACUUUGAGACACGCCGUGACUCGCAACGAGCCAUUGUGGAUCAUUUUUGAACGUAGCAUGGUUAUCAAUUUGAAAGCCGAGCUGUUGAUGACCAGUCAUAAGACAAUCGAUGGACGUGGAGCCAAUGUCCACAUCACCUAUGGUGCUGGCAUUACCAUGCAAUUCGUUAAGAAUAUUAUCAUCCACAACCUUCACAUCCACGACGUCGUUGAAAAGGAAGGUGGGAUGAUUAUGGACUCUGCUAAUCAUGUUGGAAUCCGGACCAAAUCUGAUGGUGAUGGGAUUUCCAUCUUUGGAUCCAGCAACAUUUGGUUAGAUCACCUUUCAAUGUCCCAUUGCCAGGACGGCCUCAUUGACGCCAUUCAAGGAUCUACCGGCAUCACCAUUUCCAACUCUCACUUUACCCAUCACAACGAUGUGAUGCUUUUCGGUGCAAGCGACAGCUACAGUGGGGAUUCAAUUAUGCAAGUGACAGUGGCAUUCAACCAUUUUGGAAAGGGACUGGUGCAGAGAAUGCCAAGGUGCAGAUAUGGAUUCGUCCACGUUGUCAACAACGACUACACCCACUGGCUUAUGUACGCCAUUGGUGGUAGCUCACACCCAACUAUCAUCAGCCAAGGAAACCGCUUCAUUGCUCCGGUAAACCCUGCCACAAAGCAGAUAACCAAGAGAGACUACGCUACCGAGGCUGAGUGGAAGAAAUGGACAUGGAGGUCAGAGGGAGAUUUGAUGAUGAACGGUGCUUACUUUGUUCAAUCUGGAAGCCCCAAAGGAAACAGACCAACCAGCAGGUAUGAUAUGAUCAAGGCCAAGCCCGGCACAUUCGUCAAAAGACUAACACGCUUUGCUGGUACUCUUGAAUGUAGGCCUGGUAAACCAUGCUAGUUAUAAAGAAUUUUUUUUUUUAACAUAUUAUUUCUCUCGAUCUGUGCUGGUUUUUGAAGAUCAGAACUGCUACUAAACUAGAAAGAUUUGUCAUUGAAGAUAUAAUGAAAAAAGUGAAAUUAAAUCAUAUCAUGGAGAUGAUGAAUCAUUUAGUAGAAGAACCAGGUUUUUUUUUUUUUUUUUUUUUCCUUUUUUUUUUUUUUUUUUUUUUUUGGUUGAUGAUCUACGUGGGGGCAGAGAGAGGGUUGAAAUUAUUGGACGUGUUGAGGUGUUAUCGAGGUCUGAGGAAGAGGUUUUUUCGUCUGUGUUUGUUUGGCAAAAUUGUUUUUCGUUUGGAGAGAGAGAGAGAGAGGCAGAGGAAGACUACUUUUUACAUACGGAUACAUAUUUUUAUUCAAUUUCAAAUCACUUCAUAUCAUGUAUAUUUUUUCUUCUUCCUUUUUUGGUUUUCCACUUGUCUCGAUCGAUUGCACAUUUGUGUUUUUCAAUAUUUUUCCAUUUCCUGCUUCGCAGCUGUUUCUU